CCGCCCUCCGCGCAGCCCGCGACGCAAAAGAAGGCAGAGAGCGAGCAGAACAACCGAAUCAACCAAAGCAGGCAAGACAGUAUAGGAGCGCGUGUAGAACGGAUGAUCAGUCUGCUCCCAUCCUUCUGGCUUUGGACACAAACGGCUACGUAAAGCAAGAACGAGGGGCGGGCCAGUGCAAGCGAUGCUGCGCCGGGGUAACAAGAAACGCGAUGGACACGCCGAGUCCAGCAGCAACGCCAACAAUGACGAUGGUGCUGCUCGAGCCUCAGUAUACCCUUCGAGCGGCUCCAACGGCAGCAACUUGAACCUCUCUUCUGCUGCUCUUGCCGGAGGCAGCGGCGGCCCUUCUCGUCCGCUCACGAUUCGAACGACGUCGCAGUCGACGUCGCAAUCCAUCGAAGCGAGCACCAGAGCUAUGCAGCACCAACAUUCUCAUCAUCCCCACUCCGGACCCUUCACUUCCCGGCAUAUACCUUCGAGCAGCAGUGUCGAUGCCUUGUCGCCUUUUGGCUCAUCGCCUGGCUCCACUGCGCCCACCUAUUACCACCACCCCCAACAGCAGCAGCAUCACCAACAGCCGCAACAGCAGCAGCAGCAACAGCAGCCACCUCAACAAGUCCAACAGACGCAGACUCAGCAACAGAGCAGCAGCGGUUCAAUGGGCCGAAGCCAGUCGGCGUUCAACUUUAUCCUCGCAAAGGCAAAGGCCCCCUUUUCUUCGUCGUCGUCGCAGCAGCAGAUUGCCAUGCACCCUUCGCCUUCGAUGUCGUCGAUGGUCAAUAGCCAGGGCAUCCCAGAGGAUGGCGGCAACCUCGACGCAGGACGGUCUCGCUACACGUCAAACCCCAGCACACAGCCGUCCGCCCCAGCGAUGGAGCGAAGGGGAACAAAUGAACAGCAGGCGGCGCCAUCAUGGGCCUCGAUGAGACCGAGCAUGGGCGACGACCAGGCCAUGCCAAUCUCGAGCCCUACAAAGCGUUCCUUUUUUGGCGCUCAUCGAGAGCGAAAAGCCUCGACGACGUCUCUCACCAGGUCAAUGGCCGCCUCUCCUGUGCCACUUGCAGGAGCCGGAGCAAGAGCAGGAGCAGGAGCAGGAGCAGGCGCAACACCAUCGCAGCCAUCUUCCUCUCCCUCAAUGCCAAUGUCCAUGUCCGUGUACGACAGAGACAGAGACAGAGACAGAGAGAGGAGCAGAGGCGCACUCUCGCCCCUGUCAAAGGCGUCGUCGAGCUACGGCCAGUUCAGCAAGAGCCAGUCGGAUCUUCACAUGCGUUCCUCCGACUUUCCCUCGCCGGGUCACUCUGUCGUGGAUCUGCCCAAAGUUCCCUCGCUACGGGGCGCGAUGCAGGCUGUGCAUCAAGACGACGCAAGCCUGCUCCGAUCGCCCAGUCCACAGUAUGGCUUCUCGAGGAGCGUAGAUGAUCUCGCACAGUCCGUGAAUACCUCGUCGUCGACGGCUACCACCAGCGGAAAGGCAGGGGCGAUGUCGCCUCCAUUGAGACCAGCGCAUCAGAAUACAAUGGGUGAGCAUGGCGUGGCGGCCCAUGACUGGGGACGACCUAGCGAUGUGGGCACUCUGGCCAGCAGCAGGCAGCAGCAGCAGCAGCAGCAGGUACCCUUUAGCUCGGCCGGUACACCGAAACAACAGUCGGCGUCUUCUCCUUCUCCCUCGCAGCAGCAGCAGCACCAUCACCAGCGCAAGGCAUCCAAGCAGAUCAAAGACGACCGAGAGGCUUAUCUCCAGCAGACGUCCCGCGGUCAGCUCCCAGGCAUCACCUACGAAGGUCUCCUCAACCGAAAUGCCAACAUUUCCCUGCCGCUGGCCCAGCUCGUUGCUGACGGGGCCGGGGGCGCGAAAGGCAGGGAAAAGGACAUCACAAAGGGCUGGAAGCCCUACAAGGUCCAGCUCCGCGAGGGGAAGCUGUACUUUUACAAGCCGCCGAGCGCCUUUUCGGACGACAUGAAGCAGUUGUUCCCUGUACAUGUCGUCCGUGGAGGAGGAUCCAAUGCCGCAGCUGCAUAUGCCAGAGAGAUUGGGCUGGACCCCGAGGCGAUCAAGAGGGGCAAGCUGGGCACACAAGAUCUUCUUGCAGCGACUUCUGGCAAGCAGAGCACCUCAUCGGCCGGAGCUGCUACGUCGGCACCAGCUUGGGCUUUCCCCGCGAAACACCCGGAUCUUGUUCUUGUCGAUGCCGUCGAGAAACCAGCGACGUGGGCAGCACGAGUGCAAGGAGGUAGCCACGACGCCCUGGCGCACGAGUACGUCUUCGCAACGCAGUCAGAUCCCGAUGAAGAAGGCGAUGGGUGGAAGGAGGAGGCCGGAACGAUGGUGUAUGCGCUCUUGACGGCUCUUUCGAGGAGCGCAAGGCCUAUGCACGGUUUCCUCGUCGCCAUACAGAAGUGGACCCUCAUGGCCCUAUCCGACAAGGACGAGGGCACUGCAGCGAGCGAGCCGGUGCAGAAGCGUGAGAGGAUCCGGGCGAGGAUCCAGCUUCUUGUCGAGUCCGACCUCGUAGAGUUCGGCCAGCUGCACGAGCGUGCAUCGUUGGAAAGCGUGUUGGAGGGCAUUGUCGGCGAUGCUUGGAGAGAUGACAGACGAAUGGCGGCCGACAUUCUUGCGACGCUCAAGGAAAGCCAGCCUGCCGAGCCUCCCCACGACUGGCUGUCCAGACGAGAGCGUCCGACACGAAGCGAGCUAACGGCUCUCGUCAAUGCCGGCUUGGGCCCGUCGACGCUACUGAGAACGGAUCCAGCCGAAGUCGCGAGGCAGAUCCACGCCUUCCACAUCGAUCACUUGGCCUCCUUGCAGCUGCCCAGUGCUUCGACAGUUCGCCUACUGGCGAAGUCGCCCUCCACGACGAGAUCGCACCGGCUGCUGUGCUUUGACUCGUCAGCGCCUCACCUCCUCACCUCGCUUGUACUCGACCAGGUCCUCUUUUCCAGCGGCUCAGCUUCUCCCGCAGAUUCACGCUCAGAGCAGCAGGCCGGGUCCAGGCAACGAGCGACGCUGCUCCGGCACUGGAUCGCCGUCGCAUCUGGCCUCCUCAAGAUGCACGAUGUCGCAGGCUGGGCUGCCAUCUGCGCUGCUCUGUGCUCGAGGGCCGUGACGAGGCUGUCGAUGACGUGGAGAUUCGUGGCAAAGGAGGAUAGGGCCAUUGUGGGUGACUAUUGGGCCCGGCAACUCGCCGAUCUCGGCUGGUCCGAGUUGGCGAUCUCGCCUGAUGGCACCAAGCGCGAGCCUGUUGAGGCCUUCAUAUCGAGCCCCGCUACGAUCAAGUAUGCCAUGGCAGCUAUUUCGGCGUCGGCGGGGCCUGAAGCGCCAACGGUGCCCUUCCUGGGCAACAGCAUCGUGCAGGCGAGGGCCUACCCACCUCUUGCUUCCUCGGCUUCUUUCUUACCGCUCGUCGAGACCCGCGAGGUCGGCGCAAGGCUGUGGACGUUGAACAAAGCAUGGCAGCUCGGCGCGCACAACCGGAUGAAUCCGUCGGUUCUCCAGCAGCAACACGGCAUUGCUCCGUCGCCGGACAUUCAACGAGCCCUGCAGAGUCUUUUGGAGCUACACCAAAGCGUCACCGACUCCGAUAUGGCCUAUCGCAAUCUGUCUCGUUCCCUGGCCAUCGAGCCACGCAUCGACGUGCCCAAGAGGAACAAGAGGCCACUGCAACUGUCCAAGAAGACGGCCACCCUGGCGCUUUCCCCACUCUUGUUUGUCGAUUCUCUGCCGAAUCUGUCUCUGGUCGACCGACAAGAGAUGGCCGUCUACGCUGAAGAGGCAAACGGCAACGGUGGGACCAAGAAAGCUGACGAGCAGGGUACCAUCACCGAGAAGAAUGCAAAGACCCGAUCGCCGCUCAUGUCCUUGCCGCCCGCUAUGAUGAGGAGGGCAUCAAAAGCGUUCUCCCCUGGUAUGCUCAGCCGGCCUCUCAAGGGGGUUUCAUUUGCAGGUAUUACGGAGUUCAACACUGGGGAGGGCGGAAGCGAGGAGUCCCUGAUUCGAAUGGGCUCGGACAUUGUAUUUGCCAUCACAAGCGAGCCAUCGGUCAGCUUGCCUUCGUCGCCGAUGACGAGCAAGCGCUUCUCGACUGAGUUGAAUCGGGCAGCUAGGCCGAUCUCGCAAGUCUCAUCAAAGCGAUCCAGCUUGCCAGCUUCCAACCGCAGCUCCAUGGUCGAGCCCCCCACGCCGGUGCAGGUCCACGUUGUGGUCAAAGCGGCUUCUCUCGACAGACUAGUCGACAUCUUGGUCAUGGGCGUGCAACACCUUUCGGUCAAUACAAGCGAGGACUCGGCGGAACGGCCCUCUGGCCGAAAGUCCCGUCUUGUCAUGGACUUGCCCUUGUUCCGGACGACGUUCCUAUCGACAUUCCGGCUCUUCUGUCCACCUGUCCUCCUCCUCGAUCUUCUCCGCAAGCGCUUCGUAGCAGCCAUCAACGCCAGCCGCGAGAUGGCACUGCCUGAGCAGCACCGCUCCGGGAAUCCGUUUCCGACUUGGUCUCUCGUCGAGACCGUCGGCACUCAUGUCGAACCCAUCGACUGGGACACGGUUUCGCGCAUCAGAUCCGGCGUUACUUCGGUUCUCACCGCCUGGAUCGCUCGUUUUCCUCACGACUUUGCAGAGGACCACGAACUCUACAUCGGGGUGCACUCUUUGACACAGGACAUGGAUACUCUUCUGCCGAGGCAUCCAGAGGACAGCGAGUACGAGAAGAUGGCGUCCACGCUUGAGAGUCUCGUCCGACAGCUGCGCGCAAACGUCAUGGGAACCUGUGCCAGGCAAGGAGAUCGAGUGACAGCUAGCAGGAGGACCUCUCAGCCGGUACUCUCUGGUGCGACGCCGCCCGCUUCCACGGUGUCGCCAUCCCAGAAACAACUUGGCACAUCUUCUGUGACGGCAACGACAAUCGACUUUGACACAAUCACACCCGCUGAACUCGUCGACUACCUCGAGUCUGUUGCAAGCAUUUUCGUGGAUAAGAUCGAGGAGCGAGACCUUCUUGCGAUCAGUGAAUUGUUCGAGAACCAGGCCAGCGACGCGCUGGGCUGGUAUGUAGACUCACAGCAUUCACAGCAGCAGCAGCAGCAACCCUCGUCGCAGGACGACUCGCAGCCGCUGUGCACCAACAUGUACAAGCUCAUCGAGCUGCUCAGAUAUGGUGGUGCUGGCAGUGGCUCUUCGUUGCACAUGUGCCUUCCCAUGGCGGUGAGGGACGCCUGCGCGGCGCAGAAUCUGCUUAGGGGGUGGGUGGCCAUCAACAUCAUCGAGAUGCGCAUCGGACUCGCAAGAAGGCAGGCCCGCCUCGAAAAGCUCCUCGAUGCCGUCUGGAUCUGUCGUGCACGGAUGGCGAAUACACGGGUGGAGGAACAGUCGUCGACACCCCUCAGUCCAUCAUUUCCAUUCAAGGAGGCUACGAUCGCUUCUUUUGUCGAGAGUGCAAUUGUCGGAAGCCUUGGGUCCCCAGAGAGCAGAUACCACCUCCGAGCGUGGCAGGGCGUCGCGGCGGCGAGAAAAGCGGCGGGCGAUAAGCUUGCAGACCUGUUUCCACCCCAAUCGACGUGGGAUUCAAUCAAGGAUUCGGCGACAACGACGACGGGAGCGCUCUGCGCGCUCGAUAUCGGUUGGCUACUAGAAUGUCUUGCUCAAGCAUCGACGAGAUCGUCUGAAGCGGCGCCUCAUCCACUCGUCGAUUUUGAAAAGUACAGGACGAUCUACACGCUUAUCGAUGCUUCUCUACAGUUCAAGAGCCAAAUGUCGGCAGUUGCAACAGUCGCUCCCGAGGUAGCCAACGCUAGGUUGACCGAGAUGCAGCGCGCGCUGCGGAGCGUAGCGUGGGAUCGAAGGGCGUUCAAAGAGGAAGCGAAUCAGGAGGCAGCGACAGCACCUCCUCUGCCUGCCAAUGCAAAGGCUCGCGCCAUGUAUCGUCCCUUGACAGGUCUCCUGGGCCAGCAGCAGGACAAGCAGCAGCGCGAUCGACGCGCGUAUGAAGUCCUCGUCAAGCAGCUGCAGCAACAACAACAGCAACAACAACAAGGACAACAACAGCAGCAGCAACAGCAGUUCCAGACGGCAACGUCGCCUUCGCUUCAAGCACCGAGCUCGAGCAGCCCGUCGUCGUCGGCAUCGUCGUCUUCCGGCCUUCGAGUUCCGGGCAUGGAUGCAAGCUCUAUGGGUAACAAAGGAGGCGAAAAGAAGACGAGGAGGAUGACUGCGCUGUUCCGGGGUGCCGUCAGGCCGAUGGGCGGAUUGAUGAGCUUCGAUCGACCAUCGGCAUCAGUCGGCGACUCGACAGACGCCGGUGUCUCUACUUCACGUGCCGGUGUCGCACCCAUGGAGAUGCUACAACUCACACCGACGCAGAAGCCUGCACUGGUGAUCCCUUGCGGCGCCGCGAGGGUGUCUGUUUGGCAAAACAGCCAGAGGUCCUACUGCUUCCAUCUUUCGAGCAUGCAGAAUGGGCAGCACGUCCUGUUGCAAGCACCAAGCCAGGCAGACGUCUCCGAGUGGUUCUCGCAGAUCGAACGUGCGGCGAAAGAGUACGCGGGUGAAUUGUUGUCGAAGCCGAUGGACAAGAGAUCAGCUGAGAAGGCCGAAAAGGCGGCUGCUGCAGCUGCUGCAGCUGCCGCGGCGUCUGCAUCUGGGAAAGGACGACCAACGGUGCCGCUGUACGGAACGGACAUCAAGGUCCUCGUUGAGCAUGAGAGGCGAGAAGUGCCAUUGGGCCUCGUCAGGAUGCUCCAGGAAGUCGAAGCGAGGGGCCUGCAAGAGCAAGGCAUCUACCGGAUCUCGGGCGCUAAAAGCGCCAUCGAGCACCUCAAGGUCGCCUUUGGCCAGCAACCGGCCGAGUCCAUUGAUUUGGCGCGAGGCGAAUUCAGCGACGUCCAUACGAUCGCAGGCGCCAUCAAGCAGUGGUUUCGCGACCUGCCCGAACCGCCGAUCCCCUUCAAGUAUUACAAUGCAAUCAUCGAGGCAGAGAAGAUGGAGAGUGAGGAGGACCGCCUGUAUGCGAUCCGCGACAUGAUCUGGGAAUUCCCCAAGCCGCACUUCGACCUACUCAGGAGGAUCUCGGAGCAUCUGGCCAGGGUUGUCGAGGAGGGCAAAUCCAACCUGAUGGCCCCGCACAACAUCGGCUUGGUGUUCGGUACUUCGCUCCUCAAUCCGCCGCCGGGACCAGCGAGCGUGGCACAGAGCUUCGGCAACAUUGGCAGCGCCGCCCACAUUGUCAAAAUCAUCGUCACGAUGCAUGACUGGCUCUUUGAGCCCGAGCCCGAGCCGGAAGCGGAACCGGAAGUAGAGCCAGAGCGCGAGGCAGGGCAGGGACAAGAGCCAGAGAGCCAAGGCAUAUCUGUCGAUGAGGCUGAGAUUGGUGGAAGAGACGAUGACGAUGCCAAUGUCGGUGCCGACGCCGAUGCCAAUCUUGUGCAGACAGCAGAGCUUGGUAAUGAGCAGCGAGAAGCGCAAGAUCAGGAGCAGGAGCAAGGGCAGGAGCAGGCUCAUGAUGUCGCUGUGCGUGGCGAGGUACCAGCGCCCAGAGAGGAUGCUCAGCAGGACGCUGCCGAGGGUGUCGAUGGGUCGGAUGCGGAGCGCGAAGGAGGCUCGAUUGCACUUCCUCGAUCGUCGAGAAGCGGAGCAGAGACACUACCAUUGCUCACACCGGCUGGCACGACAACACUGUCUGCUGCGACCAACGAUGCCGGUUCCUCAUCAUCUUCGCCCGGUAAGCCGACAACGAGCGAAUCGGAUAUCUCGCAGUAUCACAAUCUUUCGUCAGGCGAGGCACCAUCCGAGGAUGACUCGAUGGUGACGACGCCGGGUGUCGGUGCCGGUGCCGGUGUCCAUGAGGGAAAGAAACUCGAGAAGGGUGGAAAAGAGGAGGAAGAUCCUGAAACGAUCAGACCGGCUGUGCCACGCCUGGGAGGUGCACAGAAUCGCCUUCACCCUUCGUCGUCUUCUGGGGCAGGGGGAGCAGGCCUCUUGAGCAGGCCAAAGGAGGAGAGUAUCUACCUCGACGCCCAAGACGCCAUAGCCGUCCUCAAUCCAUUUGAGGACGAAUGAACAACCACCCUCUUGUACGCCCUUCUUUGCGUUAUGCCCAUUUACUCUUUCCUUUCUUUCUCUGCCUCCUUUUCUCUUUGUGGCUCUCUUGAUGUUGUUGCUAUUUUGCUGUUGUGCAAUUGUUUCUACCACAUUAAUCAAUCACAGUCAGAGAGCAAGGGG